UUCGACAAAAAUUUUUGUUGAAAAGCAUCUGGAACGGAUUUGGAGACGCUCAGUGCUACGCAAACCGUGCUAUCGUGUGGAUUACUUUGUAUACGCAGUGAUCAAAAAAAUAAAAAAUAAAAUAACAAAAACUCAAUACAAAUAGAAACAAAAUAAAAGAUAACAAUAUGUCAAAUACAAUCAAAGUUCUUGGCCUGUGCCUGGUGUCGGCCCUAGUGCUGCAAUUGGUCUGUGCGGAUAUCGAGACAAACGAAGUGAACGACAAUAAUAGUCCCGAAUAUAUGCUUCAGGGCGUGCGUGUCUAUCCCAAUGAUCGUCAUUGUGUGCUCGUCGGAGGAUUGUGUGUGCACACCAGCGAUUGCAAUCUGCCCACAACGAACAAGGGCCUGUGCCCCACCAGCGCCCAUCUGGGCGUGGAGUGCUGUUACGAGUUUAUUUAUCCAAACGCUUCUCGCAAUUCCUAAACAAAAUUCCCACCCAAACUACUAUUUCCUAUAUUAAUUAUUGAUUAAUUGGUAUUACUUGAUGUACUCAUCUGUUGUUCUUGUUUUCGUUUACGCUUUUCCCCACAUCAUCAACUGUGCCCAAAAUAUCUCUACUAACCACGUUCGUCUAUCUUCGCCUAUUGCUCCACUGUUCCGCCCCACCUACCUAUCCCCCACGUUAACUCACCU